AUGGCCGAGCUAGGCUCCCAAGAUGUGACCGUACAAGCGCAAAACCUGCAGAAGUUGAUGGAGACACCGGACACGCUCCCACCCGUGGUCGGUGCAAAGCCUAAACAUCCGUAUGCUGACUUUGUCAUCGCAAGACGCUUGCAGACUCUGGCUACGCUGGAUCUGCUCGCAGGGCUGGGAUGGGACGGAGUUUUGGCGACAAUGGACACGGAUUUUGUGGCUGACGGCGGCGCUAAGUGUAACAGGACGGAUGCCAACGAGUAG